AUCGGGCCCCCAGGAGGGGCGACAGGCAUCGGGCCCCCAGGCGGGGCGACAGGCAUCGGGCCCCCAGGCGGGGCGACAGGCAUCGGGCCCCCAGGCGGGGCGACAGGCAUCGGGCCCCCAGGUGGAGCGACAGGUCUCGGGCCCUCAGGCAGAGCGGCGGGCGCCGAGUCAUCUGGCACGACAGUGGGCUCCGAGUCAACUGGCAUGACCGCUGGCACUGGGUCAGACAUUGGAUCGUCUGGCUGGACAGCGGGCAUCGGGUCACCCGUCAUCAGGUCAUUUGGCUCGACCGCGGGCACCGCAUCAUCUGGCAAGGCAGUGGGCUCCGAGUCAACUGGUAUGACCGCGGGCACUGGGUCAGACAUUGAAUCGUCUGACUGGACAGCGGGCAUCGGGUCACCAGGCAUCAGGUCAUUUGGCUCAACAGCGGGCACCGCGUCAUCUGGCAAGGCAGUGGGCUCCGAGUCAACUGGUAUGACCGCGGGCACUGGGUCAGACAUUGGAUCGUCUGACUGGACAGCGGGCAUCGGGUCACCAGGCAUCAGGUCAUUUGGCUCAACAGCGGGCACC